AUGGCGACUAUAGCAGUUGAGAUGAUGCUUCGUUGUGCAACUGAUUGUAGCUUAUCUUUUAAUGAUUUUGACAUCGAACGGCGGCCGUACCACAAGAACUGCAGCUGUGCGUUGCACAAUUUGAAAGGAGUUUGCCCAAAUGCUUGUUCCAAGCAAAACAAUAUCUCCUUCUCUAAGAAAAAGUCAUGGCCUGACUGUUCAUUGUCAACGACCGUAUCUUCCAGUAACUUCUCAUGUCAAGCUUCUUGUUCUACUGACAGUUCUCUAUUGUCUUUUAGAAUCAAAGAGGAUGCCAAUGGGGCCUUGUCAUCAACAAGUGGAAAUGGCCGGUCGAACUAG